GUUAAAUAAAAUGAUCUGAGUGCCGGCUGCGAAUGCUGUUGGAACUCCACCACAUUCGCCGUGGACUCUUUGUGCCGAUUGCCCGUCCGUUGCCACCUCGUCCCUUCAAGCGAAGUCCUUUUGCAAGGCAGUGGUCCUCCUCUCCCAAAGUCUCAGGGACCGAAAGCGCGGCUGCACGCUGCGUCCCACGUGCUUGCUUAGCUAUGGCUGCUGCUGUUGCGACCAAACGAAGACUCGCGGUGCAUCAUGGACAGAAGUUGUCAGAAGAGUACACGUGCAGGAUACCAAAGACUGACGCUGAGAUUUUGCACUUCUUUCUGUGCUUCUUGGAAGAUCAACGUUUACCCGACGUCCCGGUCUUCAUCAAUGGCGGUUAUGUCCGAGACCUCUUGUUGGGCAAGGAGCCAGAUGACCUGGAUUUGACCUUAUGUCUUCGGGGUUGCCCCGAGGAGGUCACAGUGGCUGCGCUCCUGGACGAGAUGAGGGGCUACGUAGAGAGCAGGCCGGAAUUUGGCCUGUCUGAGUUCAAGAAUGCCACUAUCCUUUCGAACGAGUCGAAAGACAAGCAGCUGGACACCUUCAAGGCACACUUUACCAACAAAGAUGGAGUCAAGACGGAGGUGGACGUGAUGCCAACAAUUGGUGAAGAGAAGUAUUCAGAUGACAACAGGAUUCCAAUUCGAGAUCAGCGAGGCUUGCCGGAAGAGGAUGCCUUGCGCCGGGACCUGACGAUUGGCGCUUUGUUGCUUCGUGUACAGCGGGCCCCCGGCGAGCGAGGCGAAAGCAAUGGCUUGGAAUUUGAAGUCUUUGAUUUCUAUGGAGGCGUGGAUGAUCUUUGCAAAGGAGUCUUGCGCUCUCCCUGCCCUGUCAACAAGUCCGUGGCAGAAGUGGCCGAGGUGGUUUUGAGGACCCCUGAAGAACAGGAGAUUGCCAAGCACUUGAAGAUUCAGGAAUUGCCCCCAGACGAAGCUGUGCAGGUCCUUUGGUGGAGCAAAGUUCUCAUCGACGAUCCCUUGCGCAUUUGCCGAGCUUUGCGCUUUGCUGCAAAGUUCAAGUUCGAGUUGCACAAAGCAUUCUGGCUGGCAGUGCCCUUUGCACUGGAGCCCUUGCGGACCAAAGUGGCUGGAAGCCGGAAAUUUACGGAGUAUCAGAAGAUUGGAGGAUACGGCUUCAAGGCCUGCUUCGACUUCUUCCACUUGGCCUUCAACAAGACUUUCGGGCCUGAGGGAUCCUUGCGUCUUGCCUCUGCUCUUCUGGGCGGCCAGGAUGGCAAGGGGCAAGCUCGCAUGCUUUCUCAGGUGAAAUCCUUCAAUGUGGAUUUGUACGAAGAGUUGGCUGCGGUCAUCAAGCCUGAGGCCUCGGACGCCUCCGACGGAGUGGAGCUUCUCGGAGAGUUGAUGGUGGCUGCAUUGGCAGCCACGGACUUCGAGGGAAGAGUUCAGGAUCCCAUGACGGAGUUCACCACGGCCUGCGAUGGCAUGUGCGUGAGCAACGCCAUGCGAGAAGCAGGCCUAGCUCCGUGGAAAGCCUGUGCUGCCCUGGUCGCUGAACCACCAGAAGCGAAUAGCCUGGAUUCUCGUGUUGCUGACGCAUGUGGAGUAUCACCACAGAGCUUGGUCCGACACGUACAAGUUUGGGAGGCCAUGAAGAUUUGCACCGCCCGAACAGGACCGGAGUAUGCCACCCCCUAUCGCCGACGUUUGGCUUUGGCCUUAGCCGGGUUGCAAAGGAAAGAUCCGGAUCUGCAGAGUUGCGUCGAGGCGCUCUCGUUUCUACGGCCACCAGUUCGAGGAACUGUCCUGAAUGUGGUAAGCCAAGGAACUGGCAGAUGCCUCCAAGAGCAAAGCCCUCCAAAUGCCAUCAGAUCCUUUUGGAUCCUUUUGGUCAUGGAGCUGUUUGAGGUGAGUACCAGACUGCUGAAGUUCGACGCUCCUGUCGAGGCGGGUGAAAGUCUUCAGAAGCUCUUCGACAUGCAUCCCAAGUUGCAGGCUGCAUUUUCAUCUUCAGUGUGGAUGGCGGAUGACGGAAAGAAUCUCAAGAGCGAGUUUUUGCCAGCCAAACGUGGGCCUGACAGCGGACCAAAAGAUGGAAAGGGCAAACAUGCUCUCCGGAGGGGGCCAAGGAACCGAGGGUAUCUAGUGUAAGGAGUUUUAGAUGAAGCCAGGAACCAAGGAGCUGCAACUGCAGGGAAUUUAUCAACCCUUUAUCGAUAUCUCAACAUCAACUGUCAACAGCCCUCCUGGAGAUGAUGCAAAGAAGAUGAAGAGGGAACUCCUUCAAUGCUGUGCAGAUUGUGGCUUGCGUAGGCUGUAGGCGGAGGCCCUUACAUAAGUUGUUAAUAUAUAAUAGGAUUAUUGAAUAUCGAUGAUAUAUAUUUUAUUAAUAGAAAUAUAUCAAAAUCCGUGGAAAAUAAAAUAAAAUAAAGACAAUAUUUAAGGGAAAAUAUUAGG